UGCAGAGCUCUCUGUCUACAGUGACUGUCCCACUCUCACGGCCUCACACAGAAGAAGGUCAUGGCUGUACCCCUCCUCCCUGCCCGUCUCCUCUUCCUGGUGGCACUCCACCUGGCCCAGCUGCGGCAUGCCCAUGGAGGGGCCUACUACGCGCACAAGCAGCUUCCCCAGCAGCACCAGCCCCUGCCACAGUUACCUCACAUGGGCCUGGGCAAGGACGGGCUGCCCCAGCAGCAGUACCUGGGCAAGGAGAUGCCGCACAUGAUCCCACAGUACAGGAAGGAGCUGCCACAGCUGCCAAUGUACAUGGGCAAGGAGAUGCCACGCAAGGAUGGCAAAGGUGAAGUUAUACCAAGAGGUGAGAAGGGUGUCCCAGGAGAAGUUGGCCCGAAAGGACCACCUGGACCUCAGGGUCCUCCAGGGCUGCCUGGCCAUGGAAUUCCAGGGCCCCCAGGCAAACCAGGGCCACCUGGUCCUCCUGGGUACCCAGGAAUUGGCAAACCAGGACUGCCAGGAAUGCCAGGUAAACCAGGAGGAGUGGGAUUGCCAGGACCGAAGGGUGAGCUGGGCCCUGGUGGUGGUGAGGGGCCGAUAGGCCUGCCAGGACCUCCAGGGCUUCCUGGUCCUCCAGGGCUGCCUGGCCUGGGAAAGGCAGGGGGUCAGGGGCUGCCAGGGCAGCCAGGACCCCGAGGAGAGCCCGGCCAUAAAGGCCCACCUGGACUUCCUGGUUUGCAUGGACCUAAAGGUGACAAAGGGAUUGGUCAGCCGGGCUUGCCAGGCCUGAAAGGACCUGGAGGACCACCAGGGCCACCAGGUCAGAUGGGACUUCCAGGAAUAGGGAAGCCCGGUAUGAAUGGGCUCCCAGGCGUCCCUGGAGGACCAGGAAAAGCAGGCCUCCCCGGAGAGCCAGGUCUUCCAGGACCACCAGGUGAGGCUGGACCGCCAGGGCCACCAGGACUGCCAGGCCUCGGCAAACCUGGCCACGAUGGGUUACCAGGUCAGCCAGGUUUUCCUGGUGGAAAAGGAGAACAAGGACCACCUGGUUUACCAGGAGGUCCUGGUUUACCUGGAUUUGGCAAGCCUGGAUAUCCUGGACCAAAAGGUGACAAAGGGCAGGGUGGCUUGCCUGGUGUGCCUGGCCCAAAGGGGGAUAAAGGUCAUGGAGGCCUUCCUGGAAUGAUUGGCCCCCCAGGACCUGUUGGACCCCCAGGCUUGCCUGGCCCAAUGGGGCCACCAGGGGGUGUUGGCUUCCCAGGUCCAAAGGGCGAGGGUGGUGCUGAAGGACCCCCAGGGAAAGUAGGUCCUAAAGGAGAGCCAGGGCCUCCAGGGCUUCCAGGCCAGCCUGGGUUUCCUGGAGAGGGGGGGCAGCCAGGACCACGAGGUCUACCUGGACCGCUGGGGGCCAAGGGGGAAGGUGGACACAAGGGGUUGCCAGGGCUUCCUGGAGCUCCUGGAGUGCCUGGUCCAAGAGGAGAAGGGGGACUGCCAGGUGAACAAGGUCCUCAAGGCCCCAAGGGUAUUCCAGGAAUUAUGGGACCUGGUGGGCCAAUUGGGCCUCCUGGACUUCCAGGGCCAAAAGGUGAGUUGGGGCAACCUGGUCAGCCUGGUCCACCUGGCAUUGGAAAACCAGGUCUUCAAGGCCCCCUAGGGCCCCAAGGAAAACCUGGUCCUGCUGGGCCUCCUGGUCAACCUGGGCAACGUGGACAACCUGGUCCCCCUGGCCCCCCAGGCCCCCCUGCUGUCCCCCCAGGUGUUGGACAAGUCCUCUCUGAGAUGGGACCAGGUCUUGAUGGUAUAAAGCCCCAUGGUGGCUAUAAGAAAGGGAAGCACGGAGGGGAAGUUCUUGGCGGGAGUGCCCUGGAGAUGCCUGCAUUCACAGCUCUGCUAACCAAGCCGUUCCCCCCCGUGGGCAGCCCUGUGGUCUUCGACAAGCUCCUGUACAACGGCCGCCAGAACUACAACCCCCAGACCGGCAUCUUCACUUGUGACAUCCCCGGGAUCUACUACUUUGCCUACCACAUCCACUGCAAAGGGGCAAAUGUGUGGGUAGCGCUGUUCAGGAACAAUGAGCCAGCGAUGUACACGUAUGACGAGUAUAAGAAGGGUUUCCUGGACCAGGCAUCAGGAAGCGCUGUGCUCCCCCUACAGGCAGGGGACACAGUGCACAUCCAGCUCCCAUCAGACCAGGCAGCAGGACUUUACGCUGGCCAAUAUGUCCACUCCUCCUUCUCUGGAUACUUAUUGUACCCCAUGUAAAAAAAAAGAAAGCAAAGAAAAAAAAUCAAAUGUACACAGGUUAUGAUUUGCAUAAAAGGCCAUCCAUUUUACACUGUUGAAAUCGACAGUGACAACUGGGAAAGCUGAA